AUGAAGCUAUACUACAACCCCUUAUUUCCUUUGAUUGUAUUGGAGUUUUUCCAAAUAUCUCAAGCUGGCUGGAAAAAGCCCUUCACAGUGAUUAUCGAUCGACUUGUCUGUGCCGAUUUCAAGGACCCCUUUCUAUUUUUCAACUGUUCUUUAAAGUCUUUAUCCAAGAGCGUAUAUUCGGCAGAAAGUUCAUUCAAGCUUCGUUCUGAAUUAAAUGACAAAGCCGAACUCCAUUUAAGAAUUUUCGUUUCUGUCAAAGGUGGUAAAUGGAUUAAAUUCGUUAACGUUAAGAUGUACCUGUGCGAUUUUUUCCAAAAUGUUCUUACCUUACCUAUCACCCACUUACUAAGGAAUGAAUUGCUGAAGAACAGCAAUCUUCCACACACAUGUCCCUUCAAGGGGAACAUUGUCUACAACAUUUCCGAUUGUACAUUUAGUGAUGCAUAUUUUCCGCCAUAUACACCACGGGAAAUGCAAUUUAAUGCCACUCUUACGUUAUUUGAGCAUAAGAAUGUUAUUGCUGAACCUUGGCUUGUAGGAAGGACAAUGCCAUGA